AUGGCAACCCAGUCACUUCUUCAGUACCUCUCUGUCGCUCUCCCAGCAAUUCCAACUCGAGAUACUACUCGUUCCAAAAACACAUCAAACCCUCGCUACGGCGCUGAUGACAUUACAGAUAUUACUCCCUGGCUGGAGUUUAACUAUGGAAUUAUUCUUCAACGGUACGGGGCAAUAUUGAAUGCAAAACAAAUUCGGCCCGACCCAUUUAUGUCUCCACCUGCAGCAAUCAGAGAUGAGCCCCUAUUCCAUCUCCGCUUUACGGAAUUAGUUUUGCCUCGCGUUAGGCGCGCGCUUCGUGCAGGCUUUGAACAGCUUGCUCCAGAGCUUCCUGCCAGGAGACUGUCAGCAAUUACUUUCGACGGCGGGAGCGUGGCUGAGUUUAUCGACCAAUUCAAGCCCGACACAGCGUAUGUGGUUGUUGAUGGAAGCUACGCCACAAGUACCAACAGAGGCCCUGGAGAUUUAAAAGUGUCAUGGAAAUGGAAUACUUCGAUGAGAUUCUCGGAAGCUCUAGCAGACCAGAACGAAUACAAGCAGGUCCUGUCCCAGGUAAACUUUUACAUGGAUCAGCACAAGGCCCGAUAUGGAUUUAUUCUUUCAAAUGUCGAGUUUGUUGCCGUGAAACGACUGGACACUAAUGGUCGCUUGGCUGUUGCCACCCCAAUCCCAUGGACAGGUGGUGGUAUCGGGCAGCCGUCCGUGUUGCUAGGACUCUGGUAUCUUGGCAUGCUGGUCGCUGAAGACGACAAUUGGUCUUUGGCUUAA